AAAACCAGCUCAGCCACAACUUAGAGGUCGAGCUCUCUUCUAUAGAGUAUUGGUCUCAUCAACUGAGAUGUCACAAGUCAGUUGGUCUGAGAGCCAGAGAAUGGCUGCAACAGCAGCAAUGACCACAACUGGGAUUCCUUUGGAUGUUGAGAAGCGAUAUGCAUUUAUAGGUCCAAAGUCUCUAAAUUUCAUUUGUGAUGCAAAUGGCUUCUCUGAUGUGGAUGAAUCUGUACUGCAGGCCCUCUCAGAAGAUGUCAGCUAUAGACUUCGAGAACUUCUCCAUACAAGCAAUCAGUUUCUCCGCCAUUCGAGACGUCGGAAGCUGUCCAGUGAAGAUGUGAAUCAGGCUUUGUACUGGCGAGAUUUCCCACCUCUCUUUGGUUAUUCUUCAAGAGAGCCAAUCCCAUUCAAGUACAUCAAGGAUGCAGAAGUAUAUGUAACAGAAGAUAGACCAGUGAACCUCCCUGCCUUGGCCCUUGAUACAACACCCUUCUAUCGGCAUGGAAGUUGUUUUUUAUCAGAUUCUGCCCUUGGGGUAUAUAAGGCGGCUUCUGCCAUUAGUUGGCAGCCAUGGCUCCGAUCGAACAAGCAACUCUUCGCCCCAUUGUCUACUACGAGUUCUUCCAGGGACACUGUGAGAGCUGCCGCGGACAACACCUGCGCUGCAUUCAAGGGCAACGUUGUCCGCUAUUCCACGGUGUCUCGAUGGUUCAAACACUUGGAAUCUGGUGACACGACCUUCGGAGAUCGACCAAGCUCAGGACAUCCAUCUAUAGUCGAUGACGAAGCCCUGCGGAACACCCUCAAUGCGAAGCCGAACACCACCACUCGCGAAUUGGCGACUACACUUGGAGUCACCCAUAUGCUGCUGACUGAUCUAAGGAAGAAUACUAAACUUGGGCCUCUGGUCCCAUGCUUGAUCAAUUUGGGACAAAAAGCAGCAAAGAAAUACCAAGGAGAUCCUUUUGUACUGGAGCGUAUCCUUGAGGUCUUUCAUGCCCUCUGUCAAAAUCCAUCUGUGAACCUUCUCUUCUCUCCCCUUGUGGGAUCACUGGUUGAAACUACUAUAUUCAUUCUCCUUGAUCCAUCAUCAUCCAAAGGGCAGCUGAAUCAUCACCUCACUGUCAGAGACUCUGCUGCUAAUUUUCUAGCUACACUUGCUGGAAGUGAGGAGGAGUCAGUGGCAAGAGAGGCCCAUGAGAAAUCAAGCAAGUUUGUGCAUGAGAGCAUGGCAAACACAAGCCUUCCAAAUUCUUCUCUCUAUGGAGCAGUCCGAGGAAUCAUUGCUCUUGGUAUCAAGGAGAUUGCCUGGAAUUUGGAUGCAUUAUUUUCUCAUGUCCUUCCCAAGUGUGAAGCUUCCCUCAGCAGUCCUUCUCUUCACGAAACUGUUCCCAGGGAAACAAGUGAUGUUAGCCAGACCUUUGGAGCACUUCAGGAUGCAUUAGUGUCCCUAUACAGGGCACACCUCUUGGCAGCAUUCUCCCAAUCUCAUUCCUGUCGAGUGCUGAAUCUCUUACAUCCAUUGGCCAUAGAGAUCUUUGGAGAUGGAAUUCUUCCCCAAAUCCCUCUUGUCAUGAGCACAUGUGAAAAGACAUUGGAAUGGACUCGAAAUGAAGAAAUCCCCAACAGAUGCUUAUCUACUGUGAUAAAGCCUGUUUCCUUGCCUCCCAAGGAAAGACUGAAAAUAGAUUUGAAAAAUGUUUUUGAAGAUUUUCAGAAAGUUUCAGACCCUUAUGAUGAAAUGAUUGAGCUGAACUUUGUUGGGUCAUCUCCAUUUUCAAAGGACAUGUUGAGAAAGGCGAGAUCACGUCCAGCAGAGUUCUUUCCCCCCGCAUCACACUACUGUAAUUUGGUUUCACAGCGACUGGAGCCAUUUGGUCCAUUCACAAAGCGAAAGGCACUUAACCGUACCUGGAAUCUGAGACUCAGCUGCGAAAGUGAGGUUACUGAUGAGAUGGGGAAUCAAAAGAAGAGAGGACAAGGACAAGGUGGAGAGAGAGGAAGAGGAAGGGAGAGAGGACGAAGAAAAGGACAAGAUGAAGAGACACUAGAGGAGAAGAGAGGAGUUGAGAAGGUACAGACAAAGAUGGAUGAUCCAGGUAUUGAUGGGAAAAGAAACAUAUCCAAGAGAGAGGUGUUUGAGCCUACAGCAAAGACAGAAGAAGAAUUGGGAAUGGAAACUCCUCUUGAAGAUGGAUGGAAAUGGAGAAGGAAGAUUGUGAGCAAUUGGGACCGAUAUGAGGAACCCCUUGAAGAACAGGAGGACAAAUCACUUGAUACAACUGACUUUCUUCGUGGGGCUGACCUCAAGGAAGUCCUUUCUCAAACUGGGACAGGAAGUUGGUUCCAAUUCAAAUCAGAACGACUGUGGGAGGAAGAAGAAGCUGGGGAAACAGGGGGAAUCUUCAACAUUAAUGCAGAAGACUUAUCUGCUGCUCUUCAAACCAUUCCCCUUCAUGAAAGGCUUCAAGUACCUCUUGACAUCCUUUCUAACCACAUGAUAGUUGCAUUGGAAGAAGAUGCCAAAGCAAAACGUGAGACCUAUAUACCAAAAAAGCAAAACCCACUGGAAAAGGUGCCUUCCCCAGUGUCAGUGGAGGAAAUGGCACAAAGAUUGAUUGGCAUGUUGCUUGGCUCAACAGUGAAGAAGGAAGAGCAGGGAAAAGUGCAUUUCAGUCAUCCAGUAAGUGGAGUGCAAGCUGUGCCACCUCAUGACUUGACUCCAUCAGAUGGGGUUAAUCGAGUUGAGAAGGAGAUGGAGAAGGUAGAUAAGGAUCUGGAAGAGCUCCUCACUUUAGGUAACACCAUAGGAGGAGAGGAGGGUAAAGAAGGUUCUUCUCUUGAGCAGGAUCAAAUAUCCCAGAAACCUGUAUUUGCAUCAAGGUCAUCAGAUCCUGAUGAAACCCUGAAUGGGGCCAAAAAGGAUCAGAAGUCCUCAAAGCAGCCUCAGAAGGCUCCAAAGAAGCCCAAGGAAGGAGGGUCAUCUGGUGGAAAGGCUAAGAAGAAGAAGUGGUCCAAGGGAAAAGUGCGAGACAAGUUGAACAACUUGGUUUUGUUUGACAAGGCAACAUAUGACAAGUUAUAUAAGGAAGUCCCUAUGUACAAGCUCAUCACCCCAUCGGUUGUAUCAGAGAGAUUGAAAAUCCGAGGUUCUCUGGCAAGAAGAGCUUUGGAUGAACUCCAACAGAAGGUUGUUGUUGUGGAAGUGCUGGUGGUGGAUGUUGUGGUUGAUGAACUUGAUGGCGUCAAUGAGCCUUUAGUUGUCUCUGGAGGAGGUCAAUGGCCCACCAAGGCAUCCAGAGAUGAGCAUGGGAUUGUGGAGAACAGGAUCUUU